AUGGCCGCCCCCCGCCUCAUCGCCAUCAUCGGCGCCACCGGUGCCCAAGGGAUCCCCAUCGUGCGAGACCUCGUGCAGUCCGGGGCCUACACCGUGCGCGCCUUGACGCGUGACGCCUCGCACCCGCGGUUCCUCGAGCUGCAGUCCUUCAGCCCCUCCUCCUCCUCCUCCGCGGCAGUAGAGCCCAUCGUUGGCACUUUCACCUCCGAGGACGAUCUGCGCGCCACGUUCCGCGGCGCUUGGGGCGCGUUCGUCAAUAUCGACGGCUUCAACGCGGGCGAGAAGACAGAGAUGUUUUGGACUAUCCGCGCGUAUGAGAUCGCGCUGGAGGAAGGCGUGAAGGUGUUUGUGCUGGGAAAUCUUGAUUACGUGUACAAGAAGGGCGGGUACAAGCCCGAGUUCAGAUGCGGCCACUACGACGGCAAAGGCCGCAUAGGCGAGUGGAUCCUCCAGCAAAACCAGGACAACCAAGACCGGAUGAAAGCGGCGCUCUUCACGACGGGCCCGUACAUGGAGAUGGCCAUCUCGAAGCACACCGCGAUGCCGGUCUCGGUCGAGCCAUCACCCGACACCGGCGCCCCAACCGCGGUGUGGCGGCUGCCCCUCCUCUCCGGCGCCAUCCCCUUCGUCUCCCUCGACGACUGCGGGCCCUACGUCAAAUGGCUCUUCGACCACCCCACCCGCGCCAACGGCCUCGACCUCAGCGUCGCCAUCGCCCACGUCUCCGCCGCCGAGCUAAGCGGCGCAUUCACCAAAGUCACAGGCCGCCCCGCGCAAGUCCUCGCCGACACCCCGCUCGACGAGUACUUCUCCAAGGUCUGGCCCGUCGACCCGGACCUCCCCGCGGCAUACAACGCGGACCCGAAGGACCCCGCGACGCUGUCGGUGCGGCAGAACUUCACCGGGUUCUGGAACUCGUUCAGGCACUCGGCGGGGAACGAGGGCGUCAUUAAGAGGGACUACGCGCUGCUGGAUGAGAUUCAUCCGGGCAGGAUUAGGAGCGCGGAGGCAUUCUUCAGGCGCGAGGAUGAGAAGGGGGUGAGGAAGGGGUUGGGCACGCUGUGGGAGAGGGUGCAGCCGGAUGCCAUGGCGCAUGUUCUGAAGCUUAGUGAGGAUAGUAGGACUGGGAAGUUGUAG